AUAAUAUAUAUAUACACACACACACACAUACAUACACACACACACAUAUAUAUAUACACACACACAUAUAUAGAAUUAUAUGCUGUCUUUCUGUCUAUUCAGGGUCACAACAGUUGAGUGGCCUGUAUAGCUGCUAGCCUCCCUUAGCAACAACUGCUGAGAAUCUUAUUUGUGUAGUUCAUGCCUAUCUUCCAUUCCAUGUGGAAGUCCAAAGAGAUUAACAAAAAAUCUCAAAGAAGAAUAAAAUGCAAUUGCCUAAAAUAAGCAAUGUUCAUUACAGCAUUUGGUUGAAGCCCAACCGGCCCUGUCAAACUAUCUCUUAAAAGCCAGUUGGAAUGAUAGACAGUUAUUUCAAUUCCACUCUCACUUUAAAGCUGAAAAAGGUUUAUUUAGACCCGCAAAGGGAUCUUUGGGAAGAAUCACUUGGACUAAGGAAGGUGGCAUUUCCAGAUAGAUGCUGGUGUGAACACUCAGGAAAAGUGGGCCCGGGCUGUAUGGAUCUGUAUAGAUUUUUGACUCUGAGAAGAUACUAUGGCUGCCUUCCAUUCUGUAGGCACUGCUGAAGAUGUGAAGGAACCAAUCCUUUUGGAAGAUGUGGGAACCACAGAUGCAUUCAUCAAGGCAGCUGAAGUGGUUGUUAUUGGAUUCUUCCAGGAUUUAGAGCUACCAGAAGCUUCUGAAUUUCUCACUAUGGUACAAAAAGUGCAAGAUGUACCACUUGGAUUCUGUGCCAGCUCCAAUGUCCUUUCUCAUUAUAAUGUCACUGUGAGCACGGUUUCCCUGUUCCGUGUGGUAGACGACAAAAGGCAAGAUUUGGAAAUCAGAGACAGCAAAGAAAUUGACGCCACCAAGAUGGAACGCUUUGUUCGAAUCAAUGAACUCCGCUGGGUGACCGAGUACAACCCUCUGACUGCAGUAGGCCUCUUCAAUAGCAUGGUUCAAACCCACCUUCUCUUGUUCACUGACAAAUCAUCCUCCAAUCAUACAGAGAGGAUGCACAAGUACCGUGAAGCAGCCCAGCUCUUUCAAGGAAAGAUUCUUUUUAUCUUGGUGGACAGCCAUGCAAAGGGCAACGAUCGAGUUAUGUCUUAUUUCCACCUGAAGAAGUCCCAGCUGCCUGCAGUGGCACUAUACCACACUCCGGAUGAAGAGCAGGAUAAGCUGUCCCUGGGUGAAGUCUCGGUGGAGGCUGUGAAGGAUUUCUGUAAUAGUUUCUUAAAAAGGAAGGAGGUGAAAGGUAGUCUUGAGCAAGAAGAUAAGGUCAUCAAACAGGAGCUCUGACUCUAUUCCAGUUCCACAACAAUACUGAUCCAUGACAGUUACUGUUGUUUGAUGGAAAACAAUCCAACUGAACAGAGUGGAGAUACUGGAACAGAAACAUGUCAUACAGCUGAGUUUGACAAUUCUGUGACCAUUUUCCUUACUCACAUAAGACCUCAUUUCCACUUAAACCAGCUCCAUUGGUUCUUAUGUUAAUCAGUAAAUAGGGCUUCACUAUGGGUUUUAAGCUUGUUGGAAGCGCAGUCUUAUUGGGUAGUCUGCAGUGAAACUUGAAGUGUUGUGUUUUGUGCUACUGGACAUGUUUAAGAAAUUCUGUCUUCAAUGAAUUGGUUACUUAACAGAUUUAGACAAAAGAGUGUAACUCUAAUUAAAAUGGCACUGGUAGUAAUUACAUUUAUGUUGCAUUAUUAUAGGGUAAACAAGCACCCCAUUAAAGUUAUACUAAGUACUUCCAGCAAUUAGUGUGGACAUAAUGUAUCUUAUGGAUUUUCUCAUUCUUGUUA